UAAAUUCAGGGGGUAUCGGCGAGAGGAAAUCAGUUUGCGUUCGACAUCGUCAGCGUGAAGAUAUAGCAAGAACAUAGCUAGACCAAUCUAUAUAAUCAUCAAUCAGUUGGAUUAAACCCAGAAACAUACAUCAUGCUAAUGCACGAGAAACUCAUCGCCGGGCAGUUCUUCGAUCUCAAGAAUGAUCGCAAGCCGUUGAUGCACCACCAUCAGUAUCAGCACCACCAGACGCAUCACCAGCAGCAAUCACUGCACCACUUGCCGCACAGCCAAUUGCCGGUUCAGGGAUCCUUGGGCUUGCCUAAAAUGGAUCUCUAUGCGGCAUAUGCCUACCAGCAGCAGUUGCUAGGAGCUGCACUCAGCCAGCAGCAACAGCAACAGCAACAUCAGCAACUGCAACAGCAGCAGCAUCAGCAACAGGCAUCCUCUGCUGAGGUUUUAGAUCUUUCACGGCGAUGCGACAGCGUUGAAACGCCCAGGAAGACUCCAUCACCCUAUCAGACCAGCUACAGCUAUGGCAGUGGUUCGCCCUCUGCCUCGCCCACCAGCAAUCUUCUGUAUGCCGCCCAGAUGCAACAGCAACAGCAACAGCAGCAACAUCAGCAGCAGCAACAAUUGGCCUCCCUGUAUCCCGCUUUUUACUACAACAACAUUAAGCAGGAGCAAGCCACUCCGACUGCUGCCCCACCAAAGGUCACACCCACCGCUAGCCUCCUACAGACCUUUGCUGCCGCUUCUGCUGCAGCUGCCGCAGCUGCUGCUGCUUCAUCGACCAACUCACCGAGACCCGCAAGCAAUGCCAGCACUAUGCAAAUAGAUGUCAUGGAGAAUCCCCAAUCUCCGGCUGUUGAGGCCACCACACCAACCACAUCCAGCAGUGGGGAUGCAAGCAAGAAUACUCGUCCCUUUAAGGCCUUUCCCCGGGAUCCUUUGGUCAUAGCUGCCAAUUUCGCAGCCACCGAUGUCCUUCUGGAUAAUCCGCGAGUGGAGCGCUACACAGAAUACCGAAAGAGGGUUCUCGAGCAAAUCAGGAGCUCCAACGGAGGAUCACGCACCGUGACCAAUCCCAAAAUGCGAAGGACAAACUCAAGGAGCGGCUCCGUCAACGAAGGCAGCUCCUCGAACAACAAUAGCGAAAGCGAGGAUCGUGCUGCGGCGGAGGAGUCCAGCGACUGCGAUUCCCAGGCGGGCAACUUCGAGGGAAAAUCCUCCACCAGCAACUCCACCAAUUUGGCCAACACCACUGGUGUCAACUCUGGGGUCAAUUCGGGCAGCCAGGUGAAGGAUGCCGCUUACUACGAGAGACGCCGUAAGAACAACGCCGCAGCCAAGAAGUCCCGCGAUCGUCGCCGCAUCAAGGAGGAUGAGAUCGCCAUUAGGGCCGCCUAUCUGGAGCGCCAGAACAUUGAACUGCUGUGCCAAAUUGAUGCCCUCAAAGCCCAAUUGGCCGCCUUCACCUCUGCCAAAGUAACCACCGCCUAAAAGUCCAUUCCUCUCUUGAUGCGUUGAACGCGAAGAUCCGAAUCGUAGAUCCUAUUUUUGGGUCAGCUUAUCUGUGAAUAGUUUAGGGGGCUCAAAUUUCUUUUUUUUUUUUACACUCGCAUUUAAGUACUGUAAGUCCUUGGAGUAUACGAUAUAUUUGUAAAAUGUGUUAGCUAUAAGUGCAUCUCGCAAUCUCACCAGUUAUCUAAUCAAUCGAAUCGCCUAUAGAUGUAGA